GCUGUGACAUUCCCGUAGCUUAGAGACCGUUAGUCCCUUUCAGCGUCCCAGCUCCAUUUGAAUAAAAAUCAGUCUCCAGCCCCACUUGCCCACACGAAGAGAGGGGGGUUGGGAAGAGCCGGGUUAUUUUUACCCGUUGCCAGUUACGUUCGCACGGCCGGAGUUCUCACGCCGGCUGGACAGCAGCAAAUGGGGACACCUCUGAGGGGCAAGAGGGGACUUCCUUGGUGAUUUGUAGGUCCAGGAAUAGGGAGAAGCCACACACACUCUCUGCGAAAUCCCACUUGCCUCAUGUCUCAACUUGAAGAGGGAGAUGAAGCUGCACCAGACAAGACCUUGGGAGCCCCAACUUGGAUGUUGAAAACCUUGAUGCUGCCAAUGCCACUGCUGCUCUACUUGCUUCUCUGGGUCCAGGUAGCUGAAGCUCAAGGUCCCGAAGAGCCUGACCUGUUGUAUCAUGGCUGUUCAGAGGGGAGCUGCUACCCGGCCACCGGAAAUCUUCUCAUCGGGAGGGCCCAGAGCUUGAGCGCUACCUCAACAUGUGGCUUGGAAAGCCCUCAGGACUACUGCAUUGUCAGCCAUCUACAGGACUCUGAGAAAUGCUUCCUGUGCGACUCUCGCUCAGCUUCCCUGCGCAAAAACCACCACAUUGAGAAUGUCAUCUACCUAAGUGGUCCGGAUGGGGAGCAGACCUGGUGGCAGUCGGAGAAUGGUGUUGAAGAGGUCAGCAUCCGCUUGGACCUGGAAGCCGAGUUUCAUUUUACUCACCUCAUAAUGAAGUUUAAGACUUUCCGCCCAGCUGCCAUGUUGAUUGAGCGCUCAUCCGAUUUUGGGCGCAGCUGGAAAGUGUAUCGCUAUUUUGCCUUCAACUGCUCCAAACUCUUCCCUGGCAUCCCCACUCAGGUUCCAGCACAUGUCAACCAGGCCGUCUGUGACCAGCGAUACUCAGAGAUUGAGCCCUCCAGCCACGGUGAGGUGAUUUUCAAAGUGUUGGACCCAGCUAUAAAAGUAGAAGAUCCCUACAGCCAGGAAAUCCAAGAUUUGUUACGUGUCACCAAUUUGCGGGUGAACUUCACAAAGCUGCACACUCUGGGGGACAACCUCCUGGACUCUCGACUUCAGGUGCUUCAGAAAUACUACUACGCUGUGUAUGAGCUGGUGCUGCGUGGAAGCUGCUUCUGCUAUGGACAUGCCUCGGAGUGCGCUCCUUUGGCUGGAGUGACAAAUCUAGUUGAAGGCAUGAUUCAUGGUCGAUGCGUCUGCAAGCAUCAUACGAAAGGCCUCAACUGUGAACUCUGCAAGGACUUUUACCAGGAGUUGCCUUGGAGGCCAGCUGAGGCCCAUGAUUCACACGCCUGCAAAGAGUGCAACUGCAAUGAGCACUCACAUCGGUGCCACUUUGACAUGGCUGUGUACCUGGCCACGGGCAACACCAGUGGCGGGGUCUGUGACGAGUGCCUACACAACACCAUGGGGCGCCACUGCCAGCUCUGCAAGCCCUUCUACUAUCGCAACCCAAUGGCUGACAUCCGCGCAAGCACUGCCUGCAUCCCCUGUGACUGUGAUCCAGUGGGCUCACUGGAUGGUGGCGUGUGUGAUAGUCAUACAGAUGUGGCCUUGGGCAUGAUCGCGGGGCAGUGCCGCUGCAAGGACAAUGUCAAAGGCGUGCGUUGUGACAGCUGCAAAGAAGCCUUCUAUGGACUGAGCCAGAACGACCCUCUGGGUUGCCAGCCCUGCAGGUGUGACCCCCGUGGGAUCAUUGCAGGGAACAGCCCUUGUGACCAUAUCAGUGGUGACUGCUAUUGCAAGCGUUUUGUCACAGGGCGAUAUUGCAACCAGUGUCUGCCAGAAUAUUGGGGCCUGAGCUAUGACAUGACUGGCUGCAGGGGCUGCGCUUGCGAUUUCGGAGGGGCUUACAGCAACAGAUGCUCUAUGGAUGACGGCCAGUGCCCCUGUCGACCUCACUUCAUGGGGCGCCAGUGUGAUGAUGUACAGCCUGGGUUCUUCUGCAUGCCCUUGGACUACUACAUGUAUGAAGCUGAACAUGCCACAGGUCUUCCACCAACCCAUCAGAGCCUACCGGGUGCUUUGCGUCCUGAGGCCCCAGUAGACUGUGUGGAGUAUUAUAACGGAGUCCAAAAUGGGCGGAAAGUGCGGCUGCGGCGCCAGCACAGCACCAUAAGAGUCUUACAGCAGCGAGGAGCCCUUCGGCGAGCUCGGCAGCUUCAGCAAAAGCCUGAUGUAGAAGUCAUACAACGUGAGCAUACAGGUCACAUGAUUACAUGGACAGGACCAGGCUUUGCUCGUGUUCGGGAUGGGGCUGGUUUAUCUUUCCAUAUUAGCAACAUUCCCUACCCCAUGGACUACGACAUCCUUCUACGCUAUGAACCAGAAUCUACAGAGGAUUGGGAAGCUGUGGUCAGUGUCAGCUCGCAGGCUUUACCCAUGAGCCCCCGCUGUGGCAAUGUGCUACCUUCAGAGCAGAUGUACCGAGAGAGCCUGCCACACAGUUCCAGGUAUGUGCUCUUGCCACGGCCUUUCUGCUUUGAGCCCAGGAACCACUAUGAGAUCACGGUGCGGUUCCAGCGGACAGGUGUGGCACAACGCCAUCCCGCAGCCUUCCUCCUUGUUGACUCGCUGGUCCUUUUGCCACGUGUGACGGAGCUGCCGGGGCUCCAUGGCAAUGAUCCUGCCGCCGUGGAGCGUCGAGAGGCCCUGGAGCGCUACACCUGCCUGGAGGCCUUCCGCAUGGCCACUAUGCCUGACCUGGCCGAGACCUGCGCCCAGCUCCUGUGCAGCAUCUCUGCCCUGAUGCAUGACGGGGCCCUGCCUUGCCAGUGUGACCCCCAGGGCUCCACCAGCAGCGUCUGCCACAAACUAGGAGGGCAGUGUCAGUGUAAACCCAAUGUGAUUGGUCGUCGGUGUGACGAGUGUGUCCCAGGCACUUAUGGAUUUGGACCGUAUGGCUGCAUUCCCUGUGCCUGUUCCCUCGAAGGCUCUGCCUCCAAAAUCUGUGAUCCAGUAAGUGGACAGUGCCGGUGCCAACAUGGAGCUGUGGGGCGGCAGUGUGAUCAGUGUGCACCAGGCCAAUGGGGAUUCCCAAGCUGCCGACCUUGCCAUUGCAAUGGGCACUCCGAGGAAUGUGACUUGCAUACAGGAGCCUGCCACAACUGCCGUGAUUACACAGCUGGCCGCCACUGUGAGAGGUGCUUGGAUGGCUACUAUGGAGAUCCCGUCUUAGGCUCAGGACAACAAUGCCGGCCAUGUCCUUGUCCUGGAUAUCCUGGAUCUCGCCAGUAUCACGGCAUCUCCUGUGACACAGACAGGGAGACCAACCAGAUCAGUUGCCUGUGUGCUCCAGGCUAUACAGGGCUUCGUUGUGACCGUUGCUCACCUGGCUAUUUUGGAGCUCCUGAACAGGAAGGUGGAGCCUGCCGCCCCUGUCAGUGCAACAACAACAUCGACACCAGUGACCCUGAGGCCUGUGAUCCACACACCGGGCAGUGUCUGCGCUGCCUCUACUACACCAGCGGACCCCAUUGUGCCGAAUGCCAGCCCGGAUACUAUGGCAAUGCCUUUCAGCGUAGUUGUCGACGCUGUACCUGUAAUGAACAAGGCACUCUGCCUAUGCACUGCUCCAAAGGCAUCUGCCACUGUGACCGAACUACCGGUAACUGCCCCUGUCGUCCCAAUGUGGUGGACAAGAACUGUGACAGAUGUGCCCAAAACUUCUGGGGCUUUGGCAGCGACUUGGGGUGUCAGCCCUGUGACUGUGAUCCCGCUCAUUCGUUACGUUCAGACUGCAACAUGUUCACAGGGCAAUGCCACUGCCAGCCAGGAUUUGGAGGACGUGUUUGCUCCCACUGCCAAGAAGAUCACUGGGGAGACCCUGAACAGGAAUGUCUGCCCUGUGAAUGUGAUCCAGCUGGGUCUGAGAGUCCUCAGUGUGACCGCCUCAGUGGGCACUGUCUGUGCCGAAUGGGCUUCACGGGACGGCGAUGUCACCAGUGCCAGCGGGGCUUCCAUAAGAACUUCCCGCGUUGUUCCCCUUGCCAUCCGUGCUUUGGGCAAUGGGAUAAAGUGCUUGGGCAACUCUGGGAACAGGUGCAGAGGCUACAGGAUGCUGUAAAGGCCCUGAAAGAAGGUGGCCCCAUACCUGAAGCCAGCAACAACCGUAUGCGCAACCUGGAGAACAGUCUUGAUCAUGUAGAGCAGCUUCUUGGGGAUGGGAGUAGUCCAAACGCUCCACUUCUGCAGGAAAUCAGCACCGUUCUGGCAGAUAUCAGGGCAGAUAUGGAUGAGCUCUGGCAACAGUUACAGGCCACAGAUUCACACCUGGAUGAGACUGAUCGGACAGACACAGGACAGAGGAGCCAUCUCAAUAAACUGAACAGAGAGCUAAGGGAGCUUAACCACACUGUCAACCACUUGAGGAAGAUGUCAAAUGGCAGCUUCAAUGAAUCUUUCCAUAGCAUCCUGGAGUCCUUCCAGCAGUCAGAACUGGCCCAGCAGCGAGCAAAUGCCUCUGUUCAAGGACCACAAAGUCCAGUGGGUCAUGCCAAGCACACGCGUCAGGCCACAGUUGAACUCCUGAGACGCCGCGGAGAUGCUUUCCGCAAGAGUGCAGCCGCUCACCGAGAGUCACUGCUGGACAUCCAGGGACAAAUCGACAGCCUUGGACUGAGCGCGAUCAAUGAGAAAAUCUGUGGUGCUUCAGGAGAGGAGGAGUGUGAACCCUGUGGAGGAGCCUCCUGCCGAGACAGCUUAGGCCAGCGACAUUGCGGCGGCCCUGGCUGCACUGGAGCUCUCCCUGUGUCCGCGAAAGCACUGGACACAGCCCAGAACAUCUCUCUUCAGCUAGAGGACACGUUGAAGCAGCUAGGCACCAUUUCUAGCAAGGUGCAAGAAAUCCAAGACUUGGCACAGGAUGCCAGGAAUCACGCCCAGGAGACACUGGGACAAGCUCAGGGAGCCCGGAGCCGUGUGGAGAAGUCAACAGCUAAGCUGAGGGAAUUCAUCCAAAAAAUAAAGGACUUCCUAGCAGAGGAAGGGGCUGACCCUGAGAGCAUUGAGCUUGUGGCCCAGCAAGUGCUGAACAUCUCCUUACCCAGCAGUCCAGGUCAAAUUAACAGCCUGAUUAAAGAAAUCCAUGACAGAAUUGGAGAGCUGGAUGGUGUGGACAUCAUCCUGAACAAUACAGUGCACAACCUGACCCGUGCCAGGGAACUACUGGCAGAAGCAGAAGGGGCCAAAGAGCAAGCAGAGGGUGUAGAGGCAAUAAUCUCAGAAACCCGUGCAGAACUAAGCGGUGUGAGGGACAAAGUGAGUGCAGCAGAAAGAGCCAUGAAGAGUGCCAAGGAGGCCAUUCGCAGUGUGGAAGGCAGAAUCAGACAGGCUGAGCGCCAGCUCCAAACACUGGUCAGCAAGGAGUCACAGGUGGAAAGUCGCCUUGGAGACCUGGCACAGGAUGUGGCCGAUUUACAAAAGAAGUCCCAGGCUAAUCAGCAGCUGGCGCAGGAGGCCAAGGGGAAAGCAGAGCGUGCCACGGCUGCUGCAGGGAGGCUGGAAAAUGAUGUGGAAAAGGUGAUGCAGGGAUACCAGAAGUUGCAAGACAAGUUGGGGGAACUGCCCCAGGAUGUACUGUUCAAGCUGAAAAACCUGAGGGAUGAAGCUCAGAAUCUCCUAAACAAGGCGAAUGACAGCAAGCGAAAGUUGGAAGAGCUGGAAGAGCGCUUUCAGACGAAUGAGAAAGAAAUGAAGGACAAAGCAAACACUCUGCAGUCGCUGGAGAAACAAGUGACAGACCUGCUGGAGUUCAUCCGUAACAAAGCCACUGCCUAUGCGACCUGUUAGGGGCCAGGCUUUUGCCGCCAGCCCCUUGGGCCUGAUUCCUGCCAGCUCUGGACUCUACCAUGGUAGGGCCCUCCCAUACGAAUCACUGAAUGGCUCCUGUCUUGCGAGGCUUUGGCCGUCGAUCCAGGGCCUUAAUGUAACCAGCAUUACAUUUUCAUUUGAUUGUACCAUAGCACUGUGAGCACGCCCAGUCUUGUGUGAUUUCAGAAACUGAUCAGGGUUGGUUUCGGUAUUUGAAUGGGAUGGCAACAGAAAAUACUAUGCCGGGGAUCUCUAGGUAGGGUUAGGAAAAGAAUCCUGCCUGAAACCCUGGAAAGCCAUUUCUGCCAAUAGUGGCUAGUUGGGCCAACAGUCUGGAUUCAGUUUAAGGCAGCUUCCUAUGUUAGGCCAUUUGGCAUCAGGUAUAUGGGGGUAGUAAUUUUAAUAUCACAAUCUCAGAGACACAGUUACAUUGUACUUAGUCCAUGCUUUGUUCCAGGACUCUGGGAAAAAAUAAAUAAAUAUGUCUAUCUCUGAGGGUAUCUACUCAAACAAGUCCAUCCAAGCUUCAUUAAUAGCAUAGUUCCCACCUGCACAAGGUUUUCUUCCCUUUCCUAGGCUCAUUUGCUGUGACCAUGGAAACAGCGCACUUCUUGGACCUACCCUGGGCACAAAAGGAUUGCCUGGAUACCAUGGAAACAGAAUUCUGCCUGUUCACAUCCAGCACCAGGUUGCCUGUAUUUCCAGUUGCCUCUUGUAUUUCCAAGUCUUUCUUCUCCUUCAGGCUGAGGCCCUACAGCUGCCCUUAUUCUUAGUACAUUGAAGAAGACACAUCACUUUCCCGUCCAUCAUCCCUAUUCAACCGUCCCUUCUCCCUCCAACAGUCAGGGAGGUAAUAAUGUAGAAAAAAGCUGAGACACCAUUACAUCCAGUUCUCUUCCAAUAAGAAGAGGUCUUUCAUAUUCCUCUCUAGAUUUUGAGGUGCUGUCUAUCACACCCCUUAUAUUUAUCAUCCCAGUAAGUUGAAAAAGAAUACUGACCAUGAUCAGGGCAGGUGGAUUUUGCUUUAUGUAUUGUCGAAGGCUUUCAUGGCAGGAAUCAGUAGGUUGUUGUGAGUUUUCCAGGCUGUCUGGCCAUGUUGCAGAAGCAUUCUCUCCUGACGUUUUGCCUGCAGCUAUGACAGGCAUCCUCAGAGGUUGUGAGGUCUUGUUUCCAGACAAGAAACAAUCAGGGCCAGCUAAUCACCUCCCAACAAAGGAUUCCCUUGGUCAGUAAAAAGCCAGACCUUGAAACUGCUAGGCCAUUAAAUGCUAAUCAAGGUGGUCAAUUGCAACAUUAACACCUCCAACAGACAAGAGUUCUUUCUCCCUCCCUGGAUAUUCCACAGAUGCAAUGGUCCUCCGCCAUCAACUCCUCUGGACCAGUCACAUUGUCUGAAUGCCUAACCGUCAUCUCUCAAAGCAGUUGUUAUACUCCAAAUUUAAGAACGGAAAACGGAAUGUUGGUGGGCAGGAAAAGAGAUUUUAAGAUGGGCCCAAAGUGAACCUUAAAAACUCUGGCAUAGAUACUGAGAACUAGGAAGCCCUGGCCCUUGAGAGCUCCAACUGGAGGUCAGCUGUGACCAGCAGUGCUGUAGAAUUUGAAGAGGCAUAAAUGGAGGGCAAAAAAAGAGAAAGGCAUGUCAAGCCAACCCCGGCCAGGACCAUCUAAAACUGAUGCCCUCACUGCAGGAGAUCAUGCAGAUCAAGACUAGGGCUCCACAGCCACUUAUGGACCCACCGCCAGUACACUGAUCUUGGAAGACAAUCCUACUCGGACAACGAGGGAUCGCCUAAGUAAGUAAAUCUCAUUUUCCUAGUUUCCAACAGACCUCACAACCUCUGAGGGUGCCUGCCAUUGAUGCAGGCGAAAUAUCAGAUGUGAAUGCUUCUGGAACAUGUCCGUACAGCCUGGAAAACUCACAACAACCCAGAUUUUGUUUUGUUUUGAUGACACACAUUGAUGGAAUAUACAUCCAUCUGUGGCUAUUGACCAUAGCAGGUUAGAAAUGAAUAAUGCUCAACGCCAGACAAUGGGAUCAUAAUAAGGGGCAAAGCAAACGCUAUCUUGGGUUGUUGUGAGUUUUCCGGGCUGUAUGGCCAUGUUCCAGGAGCACUCUCUCCUGACGUUUCACCCACAUCUAUGGCAGGCAUCCUUGAGGCUAUCUUGAAAGAAUUUGCUGGAGAUUUUCUCAGAUGUAUAUAUUCUAGCCAGUCCCAGAAGCAUUCUGCUAAUACAAAAAAUUCUUGCACUAUCUCUGAUGUCCAGAAUGUAAGAACAAGUGUAAGAACUUGCAACUUGUUCAUCUUUUAGUGAGGUCCUGAAAUUGUCUAUCUCCUCUUUUGAUCCUUCUGUGGAAUGUUCCAUUUCAAUCCCUGCCUUGUCCUCAUGCUUGCAUUGUGGAAAGACUUCAACAAAAAAAUGUGUGAUCUUUCCAAUGUUGCAGUAUUUCAGCAUCUAUGAUCUCUUGCCAGGAGAGCUGUAGCUUAGUAACAUCCAGAGUGGCAUGCAGUCCGUAAUACUCCUCUACAUGGACUUUGCCUUACUCUUUAUCCCAGUGUGGCAAACUCCAUUUUAUUCUCCUCCCCUUAGAAAUGGCAGUUUAAUUCCCUAGAAAUAAAUAUGAGUGGUCAAAUACUAAAGCAAAUAUGACUAUUUACAAUGAGUUCUUCCCAUUUACCCUUUGGCCCAGUAAACUUAUGAUAGUUUUGCCACAUAUCAUAGAAUCAUAGAAUCCUAGAGUUGGAAGAGGCCUCAUGGGCCAGCCAGUCCAACCCCUGCCUAGAAGCAGGAAAAUCACAUUCAAAGCACCCCUGACAGAUACCCAUCCAACACCUGUUUAAAAGCCCCCAAAGAAGGAGCCUCCAUCACACACAGAGGCAGAGAGUUCCACUGCUGAACAGCUCUCACAGUCAGGAAGUUCUUCCUAAUGUUCAGGUGGAAUCUCCCUUCCUGUAGUUUGAAGCCAUUGUUCCACAUCCUAGUCUCCAGGGCAGCAAAAAACAAGCUUGCUCCCUCCUCCCUAUGGCUUCCCUACAUAUUUCUACAUGGCCUCAUCAUGUCUCCUCUCAGCCUUCUCUUCUUCAGGC